AGGUUGACUUCACAAAUAGCGAAGUGUUGUUGUCAUGUGAUAGCUCGUUUGUCGAGCUGCUCUUGGAGUACUUUUAUACUUUAAAUGAAGCGAAAAUAAAAGCGAGCAGCAGAGAAACUGUAUGCGUUUUGGAGAGGACAAACACGGCUCGUGUGAGGUGGAAAACAGGAGUUGUGUAGCCGGAGCCGCCGGACGCUGCCAUGGGCUGCUGUUACAGCAGUGAGAGCGACACCGCGGAGGAGAACAAUGAUGAACGUAAGCCGCUGAUCCCACACCCAAAUCCAGUCAGCAAACCCCCAAAUGGGACAGAAUGGAUCACAAGCAAUGUCCCCUCAGCACGUACAGAUGAACAGGCCCUCUUUACGUCCAUUCUCACCAAGACUGCACAGAACAUCAUUGAUGUCUCAGCUGCUGAUUCUGUCAUGAUGGAGCAACAUGAAUACAUGGACAAAGCACGUCAGUACAGCACAAAGCUAGCUGUGUUGAGCAACAGUUUGCCUCAGAAAAAGGCCCUCACUCUCCCCUCCCUCACCAGCCAGCCCCACCAAGUGCUUGCAAGUGAUCUGGUACCAUACUCAGAUGUUCAACAGGUGGCAAAGAUAGCGGCUUACGCUUACAGUGCAAUCUCUCAAAUCAAGGUGGAUGCUAAAGAAGAACUGGUGGUGCAGUUUGCUAUUCCCUGAUGACUGUGGGACUCUGGCCUACUUGUUGUUGCUCCCAUCCAGCUCUCUGUGACACACCCACAUCCUCGCCUUCCAGCCCCAAAUCAAAGUAUCUUGGUCCGUGUGCUUCUUAGCCAUGCCUCUAUGAUAAAGACAGUUCAGGAUUACAACUCAAAUUGCACCUGAUGUUGUUACUACUGCUGUUGACUUUUAUUGUUUCUGUUAUCAUUUAACUAAAUGUGUAAUGUUCUUCUUGUGUAUGUGUGGAAAAUUUAAUUCAAAGUUAGUGAAAAAUUAAAUUUUUGGUCAAGAAUCACAAGGGCCAAUGGAAGAUACUGUGCUUGGCUUACUACUGUCACAUUUACAAAAAACAAGGCCUCCUCUCUAAAGGCUGGAGCGCAUCAUGGAUCCAGCUGGGGAAAAA